AUGGCUCGUCUGAGCUACCUGCUCGUGAGCUGCCUCAGCGUCGUGAGCGCUGCUUCCGCAGUCGUCGACCUGGUCCCCAAGAACUUCGACAAUGUCGUCCUCAAGUCCGGCAAGCCCGCCCUCGUUGAAUUUUUCGCCCCCUGGUGCGGUCACUGCAAGAACCUCGCGCCUGUGUAUGAGGAGCUCGGUCAAGUUUUCGCCCACGCCGAAGACAAAGUUACCAUUGGCAAGGUCGAUGCUGACGAGCACCGCGAUCUCGGCAAGAAGUUCGGUAUCCAGGGAUUCCCGACUCUCAAAUGGUUCGAUGGCAAGAGUGACAAGCCCGUGGACUACAAUGGCGGUCGGGAUUUGGAGAGCUUGUCUAACUUCGUAGCGGAGAAGACGGGCGUCAAGCCUCGUGGCCCGAAGAAGGAGCCCAGCGAGGUCGAGAUGCUGACCGAUUCCUCCUUCAAGACUACUAUUGGAAGUGACAAGGAUGUUCUGGUUGCUUUCACCGCCCCUUGGUGUGGACACUGCAAGAACCUCGCCCCUACCUGGGAGUCCCUCGCUAAGGACUUCGCCCUCGAGCCCAACGUUGUGAUCGCCAAGGUCGAUGCUGAGGCUGAGAACGCCAAAGCCACCGCCCGGGAGCAGGGUGUCACCGGCUACCCGACCAUCAAGUUCUUCCCCAAGGGCUCUAAGGAGGCUAUUGCCUACUCUGGCGCCCGCUCGGAAGAGGCUUUCGUUGAGUUCGUGAACGAAAAGGCCGGCACUCACCGCGCCGUCGGAGGCGGGCUUGAUGACAAGGCUGGCACCAUUGCCUCCCUCGACGAGCUGGUCGCCAAGUACACCUCCUCCCAGAACGUCGAGGAGCUCCUCGGUGAAGUGAAGAAGGCUGCCAAGGGCCUGCAGGACAAGUACGCUCAGUACUAUGUCAAGGUUGCCGAGAAGCUCAGCCAGAACAAGGAGUAUGCCGGCAAGGAGUUGGCUCGUCUGAAGAAGAUCAUCGCCAAGGGUGGUUCAGCGCCGGAGAAGAUCGACGACCUCAUCUCUCGUAGCAAUGUUCUGCGCCAGUUCCUGAGCCAGGAGAAGAGCGACAUGGACAUGAAGGACGAGCUGUAG